AUGGAUCAUACAACUUCCACCAGUCUCGAACAAAUUGAACUCCUCCCUUUGAGCCAGGAAGCACAUCCCCUCCCUCAUAACACUACAACCACCACCACCACCGUACACGAAUCUCGUGACAAGGAUGACGAAUAUGUAGAAGGGAAAUCAGUUGCCACACCAACACGCCCCAUCGCUUCUCCCUCUAUCGCCACCACCACUACUGCCUUGGAACCAAGGGACUUGGAAGCUGGUAUUCGAAAGUCCACUACACCCCUCGACCGUGUCGAUGGAAAUGUGGAAGUAGUGGUGGAGGAAGCGGAGGAGGUGGAAGAUAUCGACAAAAUCAUUACCUUAGUUACGCGUCCACGAAGCGGUCCCAGAGGUGGGAGUCUUCUCCGAGCUCAAAAAUCAGUGGUAGGAGAAAUAGGAGGCAAUGGUGGAGAGCUGUCCACUCUUGGAUUCAUAAAUCGCCAUGACUACUGGGAGCAUUCGGCUUUUGGACGAUCUAGGAUAACGGCGAUUGUGCUUGCAUCUAUGGCAAUUUGUUGUCUGCUCUAUUGUCUGGUGGCUACCACUUGGGCAUACAGUGGACCUCAACAGUCUCACUUCAUCAUCGACGUUGAAAUACUGGUCGAAAAUUUCCAGACCUUCACUACCGUGAUUUGUGUUUUGAUUCCAGAGUGGAAUGCUGUUUUGAAGCUAAUCUCUCUCCGGUGUAACUUCACUGCAAUUGAUGAUCUUGUGUCAAUCAGAAGGGGAACCACCAGGAUUGGUAUCGUGUCCGAGGGAUGCACGACCAGCUACCAAUGA